GUUUUUGAUAUAAUAUACUCACUUUUCCGUAAUAAAAAUGUUUUACAUCAUUGGAGUAGGUUUAGGGGACGUCAAAGACAUCACAGUUCGAGGUCUCGAAAUCGUUAGAAGUGCUAAACGAGUGUACUUAGAAUCUUACACAUCCAUAUUACCAGAGAACAAACUUCAACUGGAAAAUUUUUAUGAAAGGCAAUUGAUUGAAGCUGACCGAGAGCUUGUUGAGCAGGGUGCAGAUGAAAUAUUAGACAAAGCAAACGAGGACAAUGUUGUCUUACUUGUGGUUGGUGAUCCUUUUAGUGCAACUACACAUGCUGAUAUUUUGUUGAGGGCACGAGAUUUAAACAUUGACACUAAAGUGAUACAUAAUGCUUCUAUUAUGAAUGCUAUAGGAUGUUGUGGACUUCAGCUAUAUCAUUUUGGAGAAACGGUUUCUAUACCUUUCUGGACAGAUAUUUGGAAACCUUCGAGUUUUUUAAAAAAAAUUAAUCAAAACAAAUCAAAUGGAUUACAUACCUUAUGUUUACUUGAUAUUCAAGUAAAAGAACCAACAUGGGAAAGUAUUACAAAAAAAAAAAAAGAAUAUCAGCCAUCAAGAUUUAUGGAAGUGAAACAAGCCUGCUCACAAUUAUUACAAAUUAUUGACAGCAAUGAAUUUGAUGGAGAAAAUUAUGUUACGAGAGAAAGUUUAUGUGUGGGUGCAGCACGUAUUGGAUGGCCAGAUCAAAAAAUUGUGGCAGGCGCAUUAGCUGAAAUGGUCAAUGUGGAUAUGGGACCACCAUUACAUUCUAUUGUUAUUGUUGGUACACUACAUCCACUUGAAGAACAGUUUCUUAAACAGUUUUAUAUUAAAAGCAAAUAAUUAAAUAUUUUAUAAGGUUAAUAUGUAAAUUAAAGUUUUUAUUAAAUAUUUUUUACAAUUAAAAACUAAAUAUCUUCU